GGGAAGGGAUCGGUGUCGGAACAUCGAGGAGCGGAAGAAGGAUUUUGGGUGGUGGUCGUUUGCGCUGAUUUGAGUGUGUGUGUUUUUGUUUGUGAGGUACUGGCAAUAUUCGCGGUAAUACCGCCGCCAAGCCGGUUAGCUCACUACCUAACCGAAAAAUGGGCUAACAUCGAAAAGUAUCUGAGCAACGUCAGAUCAUCGGCAAUACUAACCGCGGCUAACAAUGAACGUGAUGAUGACGACUUAAUUGAAGCAUUGUGCCGAAUGCGAGGCAUAAUGCUUUUGGUGCACCCGCUCAACACGGGUGCACCAAUAAGGAUAUACGGACAGAGCCGCCUGGUUUUAGAGGCGGCAGAAUGGAACGGAACGUACGCGGCACUAAACCAUCAAACUAACAUCGAAUCCGGUCCAUCUGCCGCUAAAAAACAAAAAACACUAACACAGCAAAGUCCAGCUGACUUCUCACAUGUAAGUGAAUCAAAUGAAAAACAUUCAAUUAACAUUUUGAUGACACAUUUUGAAUCAUUAGCACAAAAUUUCGAAUGCAAUUGUGCGACCUAA